AUGUUUGUUAGUUUGCGUUUAUUCUGUUUUAACAGUGUGUUGUGUUUCUCCCCAGCGCUGAACGAGCCCACCAUUGACUACGGUUUCCAGCGGUUACAGAAGGUGAUCCCCCGUCACCCGGGCGACCCUGAGCGCUUACCGAAGGAAGUGAUCUUGAAGAGGGCGGCGGAUCUUGUAGAGGCUCUGUACGGAAUGCCUCAUAAUAACCAGGAGAUCAUCCUGAAGCGGGCGGCAGACAUUGCGGAGGCGCUGUACAACGUCCCGCGGAGCCACGGCCAGCUGCCCGGCCUGGCCAGCGGCUCUGUGCACGGGGGCAUGAUGGGAGUCAACUCCUUCAGCGGCCAGCUCGCCGGCAACGUGUCCGAGUCCCCGCAGGGAGCCAAUCAGGGGUUCAGCCGGAGCACGGGCAGCGUCUCUCCGCAUGGCUAUGUGCCCAGCACCACCCCGCAGCAGAACAGCUACAGCAGCGCCCCCUCCAGCAUGAACGGGUACGGCGGGGGGGGCAUGUCCACGCUGGGGGGGUCGCCCAGCUUCCUCAACGGCUCCGCCGCAAACUCGCCCUACGCCAUCGUGCCCUCCAGUCCCACCAUGGCCUCCUCCACCAGCCUGCCCUCCAACUGCAGCUCCUCCUCGGGCAUCUUCUCCUUCUCUCCCGCCAACAUGGUCUCCGCCGUCAAGCAGAAGAGCGCCUUCGCCCCUGUGGUGCGGCCCCAGCCCUCCCCCCCGCCCACCUGCACCAGCGCCAACGCCAACGGCCUGCAAGCGAUUCCUGGAAUGAUCGUUCCACCGAUGUAGAAGAUUUGUGAAUGGAGAUGAGGACACGCUUUGACUCCCGGUUUUUGGACGGACACGUGACUCUGGAUGAACGUCUAUCUCAGGCCCUUUGCUGUAAGGACACACGUCCGAACAGAAAAAAAAAAUGAAAACAUUAAACGGACAAUUUGCGACAUUUUUGGUUUUUAAAUUUCUUAACCUUGUAAGUCAUCUGAGAGAGCCUGUUUAGAAGACCUCUGAGCCCUCCUGGCCCAGGGAGAGGAGAUUUAUUUCUGGAAACGUUUUGCUUGUUUGUCUUUGGGCUUUUAUGAUUUUAGCAAACAAGCAUAUGCCUUUUUACAAACUGUACUAUACACAAAAGAACACUAUAUGAGGUUUGCGCUGUUGUUUUUAUUUAUGAUGCUUCUCAAAGCUGUGUGUUUGAAGUCUGAAAUGGAAGAAAGAGGGUAGGAGAGUGAAUUUUAGGUUAUAACAGGUUGGGCUGUCUGGCAGCUCUACCAGGCAGAUGCUGUCAUAUUUUAAAUAUUGAAUUCCAGGUGAGAUGGGAAGAGGCCGUUUCCACAGGUGUUGAUAGGCACAGAGACCCCUUGAGCUUGUCUCCCACAGCACACUUUACCCACAAGCCACUAUAAUGUUUGUUCUUCAUUUUAUCCUCACAGUGAAACAGACACAGGUAUCCCACAAUGCCGAGGUCUCACACCCUCUCUGUUUGUAUCAGAUUUCCACAAUACAGAGAUCUGUGUGUGUGUGUGUGUGUGUGUGUGUGUGUGUGUGUGAGAUCCUCACAGUGCAGAGAUCUGUGUGUGUGUGUGUG